AUUGGGUGUAUUCUAGUCCAAGCUUUUUCAAAUCCUUUAAUUCCGCUUUCUCUGUCCGAUUUCGUAAAAUUUCUUCGACCCCUAAUUUUAGGGUUUUCAAGUUUUCUCACCUUCCAACAAAUGAUAGCAGAAUUUUUUUGCUUUCAUCUUCGCUACGCAUCUUCUGAUCUCUGCUUCUCAGGUUUUUGAAGAGUUGAAAUUCUAGGUCUAUAGCUCUUUGGAUGCAUUAGCAAUUCGUGCUCGGUUUUUGGAAUUGUGGGUUAGUGAGGUUUGUUGCUAGAUAUUAGGAUUCUGGGAAAAUGAGGAGUUCUUGGGCAGAUGCUGUUGAGAAUGCCAACUCUGGUUCUGUGGAAAAUGCUGGGACAAGUGGUGCGAGUGGAGCUUCCGCUACUUCCAAGUCAGCCUAUGUCCCGCCACACCUCAGGAACAAACAGCCGACCGCUGAGCCUCCUGCACCGUCUCAGACUGGCCCACCAUCAGCUAGUGAUAGGUUUGGGUACGGUGGAGCCUCUGGUGGGCCGCGGUAUGGUGUCCCUAGGUCUGACUAUGGAAGACAAGGGUAUGGUGGUGGGGGUCGUGGGGCUGGCGGUUGGGGGAGCAGAGGUGGAGGUUGGAGUAGGGAGAGGGAGGUGAAUCCUUUUGGCAACGAUGAUGCUGAUGGUCUUGCGGAGAGCACAUUCAGUGAGCAGGAGAAUACUGGUAUUAACUUUGAUGCCUACGAGGACAUUCCGGUGGAGACAAGCGGGGAUAACGUGGCUCCUCCUGUGAAUACAUUUGCCGAAAUAGAUUUAGGGGAUGCACUCAAUUUGAAUAUCAGGAGGUGCAAGUAUGUAAAACCAACUCCUGUUCAGCGCCAUGCCAUUCCCAUCUCUCUAGCAGGACGAGAUCUAAUGGCUUGUGCUCAAACAGGUUCUGGUAAGACAGCUGCCUUCUGCUUCCCUAUAAUUAGUGGAAUCAUGAGGGGAGGUUUCCCUCCAAGGCCACGUGGAACACGGACAGUAUUUCCGCUUGCUCUCAUUCUGUCACCUACAAGAGAGCUCUCAGUGCAGAUACACGAGGAAGCUAGGAAGUUUUCGUAUCAAACUGGUGUUAAGGUGGUAGUGGCUUAUGGAGGAGCACCAAUAAAUCAGCAGCUGCGUGAGCUUGAGAGAGGAGUCGAUAUUCUUGUGGCAACUCCAGGAAGAUUAGUUGAUUUGCUUGAGAGGGCAAAAGUUUCAUUGCAGAUGAUUAGGUUUCUGGCUCUUGACGAGGCAGAUCGGAUGCUGGAUAUGGGAUUUGAGCCUCAAAUCAGAAAGAUAGUGGAGCAAAUGGACAUGCCUCCAAGAGGUGAAAGACAGACAAUGCUGUUUAGUGCUACCUUUCCGAAAGAGAUCCAGAGAUUGGCAUCUGAUUUUCUUUCAAACUACAUAUUUCUGGCUGUUGGAAGGGUUGGCUCAAGUACAGAUUUGAUCGUUCAAAGAGUUGAAUUUGUGCCUGAGAGUGACAAGAGAAGCCACCUUAUGGAUCUUCUUCAUGCACAGAGGGCAAAUGGUGUUCACGGCAAGCAAGCCCUGACAUUAGUAUUUGUGGAAACAAAGAAAGGAGCUGAUGCUCUGGAACAUUGGUUGUGCAUGAACCAUUUUCCUGCAACUACUAUCCAUGGUGACAGAACACAACAGGAAAGAGAGCUAGCACUGAGAUCAUUUAAGAGUGGGAAUACUCCAAUUUUAGUAGCAACAGAUGUGGCAGCCCGUGGUCUUGAUAUACCCCAUGUUGCUCAUGUAGUUAACUUUGACCUUCCAAAUGAUAUUGAUGAUUAUGUACAUCGUAUAGGGAGAACUGGGCGUGCUGGUAAGACUGGAUUAGCUACAGCUUUCUUUAAUGAGAGCAAUAUGUCGUUGGCAAAGUCUUUAGCUGAACUGAUGCAAGAGGCUAACCAAGAGGUACCUGAUUGGUUGACUCGCUAUGCUAGUCGGGCCUCAUAUGGUGGAGGUAAAGGUCGGCGGUCUAGCGGUGCUCGGUUUGGUGGGCGUGACUAUAGAAGGGAUUCCUCUUAUAAUCGAAGUGGUGGGGGAUCGGAUUAUUAUGGUGGAGGUGGUUAUGGCAAUUAUGGAAAUUAUGGUGGGGGAUACGGUGCUGGAGCUACAAGUGCUUGGGAUUAGUGUUUUGGAAUGUGUAAAUGUGUUCUAACCGUACAUAUGUUUUAUCAAAAUUUGCCAUUUGUAAUGCCCUGCAAUGCAAAAAAUGUGGUUUAGUUUAUUUUGAGUUUCUAUUCUGAAAAAGCUUGUGUGGUCCUCCAUGGAUAUCAGUAGAGAGAAUUAUGUUAGGUUAGUGAGACUGCUGAUGAUUAGGAUCAUGUCAUGUAAGCCUUUUUUGUCUUCCCUAUGUGGCUUUGUUCUUUCGGUCUCUGGAUGUGGGAGAGGUUGUCGAGAUGUGGGAUAGAUGGUUCUAGAAUUUAAAUUAUCAUCAUGCCAAUUUUCUGCAGGCAUGUCCCAAAGCUGUUAUAGUAGCUUAUACACUUUUCCCUGUAAAAGUUUGGAGGGUUUACCAAAAUUCCAGUAUCUGUUUCUCUCAAAUGUGUCUUUCCUCGCUGCAUGUGGGGAAAUUUUUUUUGAACUUGUCCUUUUUUAAAAUGUGGUAUGGCUUAUCGUCGUGUUUGUUGGUUGUCUCCAAUAAAUUGGUGAUGGAAAAGUUGUGAUUCUUUCAUGUUUAAGUCGCAAGCAGGGCUGCAAACGAAUCAAUCCAGCUUGGUCAAAGCCUAACUCAAAGCUCGGUGCAUAUGGAUAUGCUUGGUUUGUAGGCUCAUUGAGCUGGUUUGCAGCCCAGGUCGCAAAAAAGGGGCGUCGAAUGGUCGCUGCCGAAUAGAGAACUGGAAAGCGGUAAAGAGUUUGCAAGCACCACAGGCUUUUUUCUGGUUCGAGGGGAGUUUCUAAGCGCGGUAGUUGAUUCACAAAGUAAGUGUGUUAUGGAUUGAGGGUUUGGACCUUAGGUUUAUGAUACAUAUAUGUAUAUGUGGAGCCGAGAUCCUCAACUGUCAUACAUAUGUGGAGGCCUGACUAAUGAUUUUAAUUUUUUGUUGG